AGUAAGCUCUUAUAUACCUAGGCAUAGUAUAGUAUUUAUAUAGGUAUGUAGUGUAUGUCUAACUACCUGGUAAUGUCAAUGCUUACUUACAGAUGCAAGUUGAUAGCGUAGCCCCCAAGUUACGGAUCGCUUCAUGCCGUGCCACCAUCCCCCCCUGGCCUCUCCAUCUCUCAAUCAAGAUCUUCCCCCCAUCGAUUAAAGCGAGAGGCGCGUCACCUACCUAAACAAGUAACUAACUCCAUAAGAGAUUGGGGACUCGUGCGCGGCGCGGGGGUGAUUAUAUGCCCUGGGAGGUAUGUAUAAGUUCGUAUAUGUAUGUCUACGCGUCGAGCUCCCUUAUGUUAUCACUGCCUGCCUUUACUUAUCUUCGUGUGCCUGUCAAGAGGUUAAGAUAGUAAGGCAGUAGAAGAAGUAGUUGGUAGUUCACAGCCAUGAAGUCCUCCGCUGUCAGCGCGUUGGCGCUUGCUUCUCUGGCGAACAGUUCUAGAAUAGCUUACAGAGAUACAAACACAACAACUUCGGCGACGGUAACGGCAACGGCAACGGCAACGGCCAGUCCCACAGAACCGUGCGCCAUUGUGAGUGCUUCGUGGGCCGCUCAGAUUAGCGCCACUCCCACUCCCACCAUUGAGGCGUCAAUCGCGUACGAGUGUCUCAACUCAGUCCCAAUUGAUAAGGAUGCUGCCCUCAAAUUCAUCAAUGAGCUAGAGCCAUAUGUCGAGUGGCAGUCGGACACUGCCUUUAAGAAAAAUCCGCCGGCCGAUUAUUUUUAUCCACCCACGGAUCUUUGGGCGACGAUAGCUGAUGUGAAGGCUGGUAUCACCGCGGACAAAUACCCUAACGAAUAUGCCUGGCAAUCGGAUUUGUACAACAGACUCUUCGGGCCAGCACACGACGGUCACUUUGUAGUUUACCCUGAUGCCUUGUCCAGCGCUCUUGAGUGGCAGAGGCCAUUCGCCUUGGUGUCGAUUAGCGAGGAGGGCCCUGACGGAUCUGCACCGGUAAUUAAGGUGUACGACGAUGUUGUUUCUGGCGUAGAGACGGCGUCUGCAGUGAAGCUCAUCAACGGAGUAGACGCUGCCACUUAUAUCGGGGAUUGGAUCAACCAGGCUUCUGGUAACCAGGAUGCCGACGCCGCCUACAACUCCAUGUUCUUCGAGAAAGCAUUCGUAGCUGAGAAUAAUAACCAAGGGUAUUUCCAGACGGGAGGUCGCGUAAGAUAUAUUUAUCCCGGCAACAUCACCUCAUUCACAUUCGAAAAUGGAACGGUGCUUGACCGACCGAACAUAGCGAGGUUGAAGAAUACCUGGGCGGGCGUCGUUGACGGCCCGUCCUUCUUUAAGACUUUCUGCUCCGGUGCAACUCUUCAAGCCCAGGCCGCUUCGACGACUGCUACUACGACUUCGUCCGCGACGGCGACACCCGCGGCUACGAGCGCAGUCCCCAUCGUAGGAUAUCCCGACCCUGUCAUCGUUGCUGGAGAUUCUUCUAUUUCUGGCUAUUUCAUAGAUCAACCUGGCUUUGAAGACGUAGCAGUUCUUGUCAUGCUCUCCUUUUCACCCGAAGACCCAGUUGAGUUCCAGCGUGUCGCUCAGGAUUUCUACGCAGCUGCAGUAAAUGCGGGCAAGAAGAAGCUCGUCGUCGACGUACAGGCCAACGGCGGUGGUUAUAUCUUCCUCGGAUACGAUGGUUUCCGCCAGCUGUUCCCGGAUAUAGUGCAACAAGGAACGGGACGAUGGCGGCAGCACCCCGGGUUUGCGGCUAUCUCUACGGUAUUUUCUGAUAUCUCUGCCGACUUCGACCCAAAUACUGCCCCUGCCGAGAUCAUCAACGCAUACGAAUCUGUCUUCAACUGGCGAUAUGACCUCAACAUUACUAACGGAAACUUCACGUCUUACGAAGACAAAUUUGCACCACAGGAGUUUGGCGGCGAUACUUACACGAACCUGAUGCAAUGGAACUUCAACGACCCCCUGAGUACCAGUAACGAUACCUUCGGCUUCGGCACCGAUAUCACGGGCUACCGUAGCCGUCAGAACUUUACGCGCCCGUUCGGUGGGCCCGAGAACAUUGUACUCCUGCUCGAUGGGUACUGCGCGUCAACAUGCACUUUAUUCGCCGAAUUCCUCAGGUCUAAUGCGGGUGUGAAGAGCAUAGCCAUGGGCGGACGGCCGACCAAGGAAGGUCUUAUUCAGGGUGUCGGUGGAGUAAAGGGGUCGCAGAGCUACGGCUUCGAAGACGUCUAUUCGCAGGCCCUGACGGCCCGAAAAUAUACGAAUGACUCGACUAUCCUCGAGACGCUAGGCAAGUAUACGACGUACGUCAUCGAACGCAGUACGGCAGCCAGCCUCAACGUCAAAGACCAGAUCCUCCCUGGCAAUCUUGAGGAUGGCAUUCCCGCACAAUUCGUCGUCGAGGAAUCUGACUGCCGGCUCUGGUGGACAGCGCCUAUGGUUACCGAUAUUACCGAGCAAUGGAAAGCGGCCGCAACGGCAGCUUUCAAAGGUGGCAAGUGUGCUUACGGUGCCAUCGACUCUUCGGCAAACAAAACCACGGCUAAGAGGACAGCAUCUGCUCAUGCUCCUGCACCCUUUGGCAAGCCGAGAUUCACCAUUCCGACCAAAAUAGGGACUAAAGUCCCGCCCAAGAAGCGGGACGUUGGGCAGAAGAGCUCCGUCUUCAUGGCCAAUCAGUUCAUGAAGGUGGUAGACUAGAAAUUUCUGUCGCGGCUAUUACGAUAUAAUAUCACACCUGUCAUUAUUGCUACUGAACCCCACACCUGGAUGUAAUGUAGGCUACUUGACUAGGUAGAUAAUGGUUUAGGGUGUGCCUUGAGGUGCUGUAGGAUACUAAACUUUAUAAUAUAGCCUAGUAAAGCACGAAA